AGAUUGGAAUACAAUUCCCAGUCUGGAGACCCCACUGGCCAGCAGCCUCUUUACGCUGGGCAUUGGAAUGACUGAUACCCAUUUACUUUUUCUUUUUUUUUUGUUUGACCUACCUACAUCACCCAGUUCCACACCUCCGUACUGUAGCCCACUCAAUUGCAACGCGACACAUUCAGUGAUUUCAGAUGCUGGUCCUAUCGAUCCACAGCACCCACGGUCUGUCCAGGACGCUUCUUAUGGGCUUAUGCAUAUCUUUCAUAGCUGGCAUAAUAGACGGUGCACCGUAUCGGCAACUCCAGGCUCUUAGUUCCAGAAGCACCACCACCUACUCCCAGGAAGCGGGGCAUAAUACCCAGUUAAACCAUCAUGCCCUUCGCAAAGACGACGACUACGAGAAUGACAGAUACGAUGGUGAAGUCGACAUUUAUAAGAGAAUGCAGCCAUCGACUCCGCCGAACUCGCUCGCUUCCGAUCCCUUUGCACGCUAUAUCUACGAGAAAACACUUGAUGCGAGCAACGUCCAGGCUACGUCCAUUCGACGUACGAUUGUGGUAGGAGAUAUCCAUGGCAGCCUUGUUGGAUUUGAGGGUUUUUUAAAUAAGGUGGGCUUCGACUCUCUCCAAGACAGCCUUAUCCUGGCCGGAGACCUCGUAAGCAAGGGUCCUCAGUCACUUGAGGUCAUCGACAAAGCCCGGGCGCUCAACGCGAAGUGUGUUCGAGGCAACCACGACGACAAAGUGAUUCGGUGGAAGGGAUACCUGGACAGCUUAGACGUUGCCCAGGGACAGGCCUCGGAUGACAAGAAUGCGCAGCCGACGACCAUUCCUGCGGAUCUGAUCGAGAACUCGGAACAUCAUCAUAUUGCUCGGAGUCUGAGCAAGGAGCAGUAUGAAUAUCUCCUAUCUUGUCCCUUGAUUCUCACUUUGCCCAAGGAGUUGUCUGUGCGCAGAAUUCCGGUCUACGUCGUCCAUGGUGGGAUUGACCCCCGGUAUGGUAUUGAACAGCAAAACCCCUGGGUCCUUCUUAACGUGCGUAACAUUCUCCAGGACGGUACACCCUCCCGCAAGAAAAGCAAAGGUGAUGGGUGGGCAGACAUGUUCAACAACCUGCACUCGGAGCGUAUUGGCAAUGGGGAUCCUGGCUUUCUUCUGCUCUACGGCCACGAUGCUAGUCGGUCACUGAAUAUCAAGACUUGGUCGAUUGGUCUUGACAGCGGCUGUGUCUAUGGACGAGCGCUUUCUGGCUACGUACUCGAAACGGAUCAAGUUCUAACGGCCUCCUGCCCGGAUCUGAACAUCAGCUCUUCUAAGGACUGAGGGCAGUGUCAAGAAGAAAAAAUA